AUGUCGAGCGACAGUGACGAAGAUGAGCUCUUGCAGAUGGCAUUGAAUGAGCAAUCAAAUCGGGAUGUCAAUUACCAGAAUCCCUCGAAAGCUGCAUCAAAGCCAGUGCGAAAUUAUGUGCCGCCCCCGGCCAAUCGUGCUCCUCCUCCCGUGGCGGGGAGAAGCGCUAACUCUGGGCAGGGGAAGGGGGUCAAUCAGCAGCAGCGGAAGAAAGGGGGAGUAGAGGAGGACGAAGAUUCGGAGGUUGAAAUGUUGAGCAUUUCUUCAGGGGAUGAGGAUGAUCGUGGUGGUGGCGGGCCGAGGAAUAGGAUGCCGGGCGGACGGGAGGAUGAUAAGUUGUACGAUGGGGAAGAGCCCAAUUGCUGGAAGCGCGUUGAUGAAGCCGAGCUGUCUCGGAGAGUUCGCAAGAUGAGGGAUACGAGAGCAGCUCCAGUGGCCCAAAAGUUUGAGCGGAAGUCAUCAGCGGCUAGAAAAGCACUAAACCAUUCGCCGUCACUUCCUCGAGGCAUGGAAUGGGUAGAUCCACUUGGACUGGGGCUAAUUAACCACAAAACAUUUAGAUUGAUCAGUGAUAAUGCCGCAAGUGCUCCUACCGUGGUUCGUAAUGAACCUCUUGAUCCCAGUGCUCGGGAGAAGUUGAAUUAUUAUUCAGAGAAGUUUGAUGCAAAGCUUUUUCUAUCCCGAGUACACCUAGACACCAGUGCAGCUGAUUUGGAAGCUGGCGCUCUUUCAUUGAAGACUGAUCUUAAAGGGCGUACUCAGCAGAAAAAAGAGUUGGUCAAAGGAAAUUUUGAUUGCUUUGUCUCUUGCAAAACCACUAUUGACGAUAUUGAGUCAAAAUUGAAACGAAUCGAGGAAGACCCUGAAGGUUCUGGAACCUCUCACUUAUUUAACUGUAUCCAAGGAGUUAGUUCUAUUUCUAAUCGAGCUUUUGGACCUCUAUUUGAGAGACAGGCGCAAGCUGAGAAGAUCAGGUCUGUACAAGGAAUGCUUCAGAGGUUCCGGACCCUGUUCAACUUGCCCAGUGCAAUUCGGGGGAACAUUAGUAAGGGUGAACAUGAUUUGGCAGUGAGAGAGUACAGGAAAGCGAAGUCAAUCGUGCUGCCUUCUCAUGUGGGAAUUCUGAAACGCGUUCUAGAGGAGGUUGAAAAAGUAAUGCAAGAGUUUAAAGGCAUGCUUUACAAGUCCAUGGAGGACCCAAAUAUUGAUCUAACAAAUCUUGAAAACACUGUGAGGCUUUUAUUGGAGCUUGAACCCGAGUCAGAUCCCAUAAGGCAUUACUUGAAUAUAGAGAAUAACAGAAUAAGAGGUUUGCUUGAAAAGUGCACUUUAGAUCAUGAAGAACUGAUGGAGAAUUUGCAGAAUGAGAUACAUGAGAAGGCACGGUCUGAUGCAAAGUGGAGGCAUAUUCAGCAAGAUGUGAAUCUACCUUCUGAUGUGGAUCUCUUUUUUACCCAUGGAAACUCCUAUCUACCUGGAGAUUCUGUACCAGUAGAAAUGAAUAUUGAAGAAGUUGAUGCUCUUAGGGGAAGAUACAUCCACCGGUUGACUGCUGUACUUCUCCAUCAUUUACCAGCCUUCUGGAAAGUUGCACUUUCUGUUUCCAGUGGAAAGUUUGCGAAGUCUUCCCAGGUGUCUUCUGAUUCAAAUGCCAAUAGUUCUAUUAAUAAAUCUGAGGAUAAAACGAGAGAUGGAAAGUACUCAAGUAAUUCACUUGAUGAAGUUGCUGGAAUGAUGCGCAAUACUCUAUCAGCGUACGAGUCCAAGGUCCUUAACACCUUUCGUGAUCUCGAAGAAUCCAAUAUACUGCGUCAUUACAUUAGUGAUGCCAUUAAUGAGAUAUCUAGAGUGCGUCAAGCUUUUGAAGUAAAAGAAUCAGUACCUCCAAUUGCUGUUGCAGCAAUGCGAAUGCUUGAGUCUGAGAUCUGUAAAAUUUAUAUUAUGAGGCUGUGUUCAUGGAUGCGGACUUCAACAGAAGAAAUAUCAAAAGAUGAAUCAUGGAUCCCAGUUUCUAUAUUAGAAAGGAAUAAAUCUCCAUAUACUAUCUCCUCCUUGCCCCUGGCAUUCCGUGCAAUUAUUAUCUCAGCAAUGGACCAGAUUAAUACGAUGAUUCAAUCUUUAAGAAGUGAAGCAACAAAGUCUGAAGAUGUACAUGCACAAAUUCAAGAAAUUCAAGAAUCAGUUAGGCUUGCAUUUUUGAACUGUCUUCUGAAUUUUGCUGGUCAUCUGGAGCUCAUUGGCGCAGAACAUACCCAGGAUAAAGCAAGCAGAGAAAGUCCACAUUUUCAAUAUGGAAAUUCUCACGAACCACUCGAAAUAUCAUCUGAUCUUCCUGGGAGCAUUAUUGGUCCACAUCGACAGCUGCUGAUGGUCUUGAGUAACAUCGGAUAUUGCAAAGACGAACUUGCUCGUGAAUUGUACGGCAAAUACAAACAUAUUUGGCUGCAAUCUAGGGGGAACAUUGAAGAGGAAAGCGAUAUACAAGAUUUGGUUUUGUCUUUCACUGGCCUUGAAGAGAAGGUCCUUGCACAGUAUACUUUGGCAAAGACAAAUUUGAUUAGAACAGCAGCUGUAAACUACUUGUUGGAGGCUGGAGUUGAAUGGGGAGCAGCUCCUGCUGUUAAAGGGGUACGAGAUGCAGCUGUGGAUUUACUCCAUACUCUAGUUGCUAUGCAUGCUGAGGUUUUUGCUGGUUGUAAGCCUCUAUUGGACCACACUCUCGGUAUUCUCGUUGAAGGCCUUAUCGAUAUUUUCCUUGGUCUUUUUCAAGAAAACCAAACCAAAGAACUCAGGGCACUGGAUCCAAACGGCUUUUGUCAGCUCAUGCUUGAGCUUGAAUAUUUUGAGACCGUAUUGAAUCCUUACUUCACUCAUGAUGCAAGGGAAUCUCUCAAAUCUUUACAAGGGGUCCUGUUGGAGAAAGCGGCAGAAAGUGUGACAGAUUCUAUUGAGACUCCAAGUCAUCAGCGCCGGGCAACACGUGGAGUUGACGACGUUCUUGCAGAUGAUAGGCAGUCGGGGAUGGCUGUAUCACCAGACGAUCUGAUUGCUCUUGCCCAGCAGUAUAGUUCUGAACUACUUCAAGCUGAGCUUGAAAGGACACGAAUCAACACAGCAUGCUUUGUCGAGUCGAUUGCACUUGACUCGGUUCCAGAAUCAGCAAAAGCAGCGUAUGCUUCGUUUCGAGGGUCAACAGAUUCUCCUAACAGAAGCUUAGGAGGCGCACAAUCAUUUGGUUCGCCAAGUUUCUCCAGACGAAGGCACGGAUGA